AUGUCGAGCGGCAGGGAAGAGCGACGGUGGGUUUUGUUCGGCAGGUUGAAGCGAGCGGUGAGCAAACUGAGGGUGAUACUAAAGUUCGAUUUCCACGUCUGGCGUCUGGCGUCGUCUCUGCUGCGCUCUUCUUCCUCGAUUGGUCCUUCGCGUGUGAUUAGCUUCGGGGAUCGGCCGGGGCUGACGGCGGCGUACGAGGAUUAUGACGAGGCGGCGGCGGCGGCGGAUUCGGAUUCGGGUUAUUGGUACUCUCCUCCUCCGCCGGCGGCGGCCGAUGCGUCCGCUGCUGCUCCGAAGAAAGUGGAGCUUCGGAGAGCGAUAAGCCGGCGAUUCUCGAUGGAGGACGACAUCAACGAUCGGGCGGAGAUGUUCAUCGCGAAUUUCCGGCGGCAGCUUCAGAUCGAGCGCCAGAUCUCGCUGGAUCUCAAGUACUGCCUGGAGAAAACGUGA